AUGGCUUUGCCAAGUAUUUUACAAUUUGAUUGUUCCAUAGAUAAUGAGAUUGCGCAAAAUGCUACGAAGAAUUUCGCUGGAUUUUUAGGGAAAGCAUUUGAAGAACAUAAAAAGUUAUGGAAUGAAUAUUUAAAACUAAGAAAAUAUUGUGAAGAUGCAGAUUUUAACAUUCCAUUUCAAGUACUUGAAUCAGAUAUUUAUAACAAUAACAAUGUUAUUACACCUGAUACAAGUCAGGUAUCAUCAGGAAAUACAGAUGCAUUUACAUCUUCACACAACAGUAUUUCUUCUAGUUAUAAUUCUAAUAUUUCAAAUUUAGAUAAUAUUAUUUUAACUAAUAAAUCUAUUGAGAAGAAAACUCAAGAAAAUAUGUUAAUAAAAAGUCCAAUACUUAUAAAGAAAUGUUAUAGAUGUAAGAGAACUAAUCAAGACAUAAUAUUUGAGAAAUUAAAGAAAAGCAAAUCUCUAAGUAGCAAAAAUUAUUAUGAUGGAAUAGAAUGUACAUCUGUUGCAAGAAUGGCAAAAAGAUUAAAAGUUAGCACAUCACAUGAUAUAAAUAAUAUAUUAGUACAAAAUAAUAAAAAGCAGUCACAACCUAUGUCUCUUUUAGAUGAAGAAUUAACUAAUAGUACAACUCAGAAAAAGUACAAAGGUUUUGAUUUUUUAAAACCAUAUAUAUCAGAUAUACCUAAAGAAAAUAUAGAAGGAAAAUCAGAAAAUCAUAAUAAAUCUAUAGAAGAGGAAAUAAUUCAAAGUAGUCCACUAAGUAAUCAUAUAACAUCAAGUUUGAACAUAAAAAGUAUAAAACGAAAAAAUAAAACUCCUAACAAAGUUUCUAAAGAAAUAAAUCAAACUAGUCUUGAUUUGUUUAUGUCACCUGCACAUAUGUCUACACAGAAAAAUCAAUCACUUUUAAUUACAGGGUUAGAAGCACAUAAUUUUUUUGAAGAAAACACUAAAAAUGAUUGUAAUACUGAACAUUUAUACCUAAAAGAUAUCAGAAACUUAUCAACUCCAAUAAAUGAAGUUAAGAAGAUAGAACUACAAGAAGAUAUUAUCUCAGCAGGAGGAAAGAAGUACCCAGAAUCAUCCAGACAAUUGCUUGAUACUGAUUUUUCAACAUUUAAUGAUGAAACAUUCUUUUCUUUUGGAGAGGAAUUUAAAAAAAUGUCUACUCAUGAUACAAAUAAGUUAGAAGAUAUUAAACAAAAUAUAUCUGAAAACAAAAUGUUACCAAAAUUUUUAUCUGUAAAGAAAAGUCUUAUAAAUAGUUUUGAUAUGUAAAAUACAGAAAUACAUAUUGAUAAACCAUCAAAGAAAAAGUCUGGGAAAGCAAAGGUGACUAGUACUUCUUGUCGGGAAUGUAAAAGGUAUUAUGCCAAUCUUGGACUUACUGAACAAGAAAUACAAGCAAGGCAAAAUAAAUGUUCUCGACACAAAGUUAAUUACAAUAAAAGAGAAGGUACACCCGAAGGUUUCUGGGAUCCUGUAUUUGCUGAUCCAUAUACAUCUACUUUGCAAGAUUAAAAUAAAGCAUGUUAACAUGCACUUCAUUUAUAAGUAAUUAUUAUUUUAUAAAUAAUUGUAUAUUUUG